AUGUACACGGGCUCCCUGGCGGACUCGGUUCAACAGGAAGCCUCCCUCGCCGUUAUCCUGUUGAUGGUGACGGUGAUUGCGUGGCUCUUGGGCCAAGCUGGUGCGGGGCAACCACCCUCUCUUGCCGUCAGGGUCGUCAUUAUCGUCUUCCUCCCAAUCCUCGUCUCACUCGGCUUUGACUUUGGCCCCGUCCUGCAGCGUCUUUACCCGUUCCUCGUCCUCUCGUUCCAACUUCAUCCUGUCCUCGACGUCCUUGAUCUGAACCAGGAACCUUAG